AGGAGUUAGAGAAAGAACCUAGCUGAGGAAGGACACAGGCAGGGACCUCCACGAAGCAGCCUCAGCACCUCAUGGAGACUACAAAGGGACUCACGCCAGUACGCACGCAGGCAACUCCAUUCAGGAACACCAGCUCCACACUGAGACUCCACUGCGCACGAAACCACACACGGAAUACACACGGUUACCAAACCUCACGCUCAGAGUUCACACAGCGCCGACCCACAGCGGUAUCUGAUGCGAUGUCUUUGUCUCUGGAUCUCUUUGGUCUUCGUGCUCGCACACAUACGCACUCAACAGAAACAUCCAAGCUCUCAAUCCAGGGGGCGAUGAUCCGAGCCUGGCCGAGCGCACUCGUAUAUCUGCGCCCUGCUUCGCGGGGCCGGCCGUGAUCCUGUCUUUCUCGGCAUAAGCAUUUGCUACGAGAGGCAUCCUCGGAGUCCUGUUCCUUCCAAGCCUCCAUAUGAAAAGAGAGAGAGGGAAAAAGCGAACUGCCAGCCUUUCGCCUCCACUUUCUGCGCAUCUGGAAAGCAGUUGGUGGCCAGCUACCCGCUUCCAUCGUGGCAUCCCUGGACGGCAGAAACAGCUUAGGUGGUCUAGUCCGGGAGUGAACGUCUUUCAAAGUGAUCCAAGACGGUAACUUCUGUCACAAGAUGGACUUGCGGAGAGAUUUAAGAGCGAGUAAUAGAUGGAAGAGAGAGAGAGAGAGACGUCCGCCCGCCCGGCUCGGCUGGAGACCUGCAACUGUCCUGAUGGCUAUGCCGAUGUCAAGCCAGAAGUUCUGGGGCCGCAGAGCUUGGGGACUCUGCAGGGUUGGCCGGGGGGUGGAGAACCUCGAGAACCAGCCCAUACUGAACUCCUCCCUCCUUGCGGCGGGGACGAGGUGGGACGGGCCAGGACGCCCUCUUAGCACCUCCUCCAGAAAUGCAGCACUUGGGGGGCCCCCACCCAGGCCUCCCAGUGCUCCUUCCCUCCGCCUUCCCAAGGGUGCCCCUCUCCAGUCCCUGUCACACUUCCAAAACCUUCCGUGCCCCCUUUUCCUCCACCUGGCCCCCACCUCACGCCCCCUGGCUUGGGCAGCAUCCCCUUUCCGCCCUCCGCCCACGCACCGCCUGACUUCGAGGGGUGCAAGCGCAUUGGGCUGCGCCCGCGUGGGGGCGCCGCGCCAGCUUCGCGUAGCUGCUCUGACGCCGCCGUCGCCGCCGCCCUCCGCAGCCCAGCCGGCACCCGCGCCAGCUCUGCAGAGCACUCGUCGCCUCUCCGGCCGGUCCCAUCGAGAGCCAGUUUAUCACACCCGGAGUCAGCCUCGAACGCCGGGCACGAGGGUCAUGAACCAGAGCGCCCCAGGGCGCCGCGCAAAGAGCCAGCGGAGAGAGCGGCCUUCACUGCCUUGA